CAAUACAUAUCCCAAGUUCAAAGUAUGUUCGAUCAUUUUACCUUCCGUCCAUAUCUUAUGACACCUCCUAGGACCAUGGCAACUUUGUCUCCCCGUGACAAUCUCAAUGCUCGCGUUAAAGGCAGCAGUCAUAUCGACUUCAAAACAGCCACCACCGGUGUUGCAGCAAAGUCAAUGCGCAAUGAGAUCAGCCAUUUAGUGAGCACUUGCGAUGAAAAUGCCAAGAAGGCAUUUGACACCGAAAUGCAAUCAUUCUUCUAUCUUUUCACUCGCUAUCUUUCGGAACGCGCAAAAAACGUGGAUCUGGACUGGGAUCGCAUCAAGUCCCCCGCCGAUGAUCAAAUUGUAGCCUAUGAUAGCCUGUCUCAGCCCCAUGACCACAAGAACCUCAAUAAACUUGCCGUGCUCAAAGUAAAUGGUGGUCUUGGCACUUCCAUGGGCAUGACCGGUGCCAAAAGCGCGCUGGAAGUCAAGGAUGAUAUGACCUUCCUCGACCUCACUGUGCGUCAGAUUGAGCACCUCAACACGAGCAACCGCGUCGAUGUUCCCCUCAUCCUCAUGACCUCUUUCAACACCCAUGAGGACACCUUGCGUAUCAUUAAGAAGUACGCAAAUCAACAACUCCGCAUCACAACAUUCAAUCAGUCGCGAUACCCUCGGAUCUUUAAGGAAAGCUUGCUUCCCUGCCCAAAGCGUGCCGAUGAUGACAAGAAACAUUGGUAUCCUCCCGGCCAUGGUGACUUGUACAAUGCGUUGCUGUACUCUGGUGUAUUGGACCAAUUGAUUGCUGAGGGCAAGGAGUACCUCUUCGUCUCUAACUCAGACAACUUGGGCGCAGUUGUCGAUGAAAAGAUCCUGCAACACAUGAUUGACUCUCAAGCAGAAUUCUUGAUGGAAGUCACUGACAAGACAAAGGCCGACAUCAAGGGUGGUACUCUUAUCGACUACGAGGGAUCAGUCCGCCUUCUUGAGAUCGCGCAAGUUCCAUCAGAACAUGUCGAGGACUUCAAGUCAGUGCGCAAGUUCAAGAUCUUCAACACUAAUAACUUGUGGAUCAACCUCCCAGCGCUCAAGCGCAUCAUGGAGACCGAGGGAAUGGAACUCGAGAUCAUCAUUAAUCCGAAGACGAACGAAGAUGGUCAAUCAGUCGUUCAGCUCGAGACCGCCGCAGGUGCCGCCAUUAAGCACUUCAAGAAUGGCCAUGGUAUCAACGUCCCACGAUCGCGCUUCUUGCCGGUUAAAUCAUGUUCCGACUUGCUUUUGAUCAAGAGUGACAUUUAUUCGCUGCAACACGGACAGCUCGUGCUCAAUGAGAGCCGAAUGUUCGAGACCACCCCUGUGAUCAAGCUCGGCGACCACUUCAAGAAGAUCCAGCAGUUCCAAAAACGCUUCAAGAAGAUCCCCAAGAUUAUCGAGCUCGAUCACUUGACUGUUACGGGUGAUGUGAAUUUCGGUCGAAAUGUGACACUUCGCGGUACUGUAAUCAUCGUUGCCAAUGAGGGUCAGCGCAUCGAUAUUCCUGAUGGCUGUAUUCUUGAGAACAGGUUGCUGUCUGGAAACCUGAACAUGACUGAGUUGUAAUUUACUCAGGAAGAAACCUUAUGACGACGCACGGACAAAUACAUAGAUGGCAUAUUCCUGUUUACCUUAUUGUUUUUCUGCUCUCUUUCACUUUCGCAUGUUGUUCAUCAUGUCUUUGUACCGUCUUUCUGUUGUGGACAACAUGGCUCCAUGAUAGUAUAGCAUUUACCCGACUACUUUUAGCAAUCUGACUUGUUUUCCCUGUUCCACAACACACGUAAAGCUGUGCUAAUUGUUUCCACGGCCCCACUAACGGGCUAGGGUGAAAAUUUUAAGCACUGGUCGAGAAA